AUGGCGUUAGAAUCGACAGCAUACAGGGUAUAUCCUAUCUUUCAAUCCUUUUUUUUAUUUUUCUUCUUUUUUCAGAUUUUUUCAAAUGGCCCCUCUAUGUCCCCUGAGUCUCCUCAGGACAUGCACAAAUCCUUUAUUCAAGAGAUGAGGCAACCAAUGCUUCGCCAGGGCUACAUCCCCAUCCCAGUCUCCCAUGAAAACACUGAACCCAGGCUGCAGCAGUAUCCGAGUUUCUCCUACAUCCACCCAGCAGUGCAGCAAAGUUUGAGAACAGAUGGACGUACAGCUUCCCCGACCCCAGCAUCCCACUGUCGGCCUAGAUCUCCAGUGCAGGCCCCAUCGGAAGCAUGUUUGUCUUGCUCACCUGCUUUACACGGGCCUGAGGUUCAUCAACCACAGGGCACACACCAACAAAUGAGUGGCCUUCAUCAACAGCCCCGACCUAGCAAUACAGGUCUCCGGGCGGGCUACAUCCCCAUUCUGGUGAUCCACGAGGGUGUAGGGGGUGCCUCACAAUCCCAGCCUAGCCAAAGUUCUCAUCCCAUGCGAGAAAAAAUGCCAAUCUACCGUGAACAAGUGCCCAUUCAGAUUCAACAGAAUCGAGCUGCCAGUCCCAUCUCGGUCCCCUUACUGACCCAGUCACCAGUCAUGUCUCAGAUCAUGGGAGAGAGACCCCAGGUCCAGCAACACAUUGGACACACAGCAAUAUCACCUAAAGCUGAACAACCAGUUGAAGAAAUUGUCAGAGCGCCUGCAUUUGAGAUUCCCAUUCAAAGAGUUAGUGAUAUUCCUCAGCAAAUACAUCAUCAGCCAGUACAACCGCAACAACAACAACCUACACAAGCACCUCAGCCAAAAGCACAACAACCCAUACCACAGUCACCGCAGGUAUCAGAGACAUCCAAUAUUACCAUACAGUUUCCUCCAGCACCAGAACCCCAGGAAACCGCUGCCCCUCAAACACCUCAAGAGGUCCUACCCCCACAAGUCCAGCCUGAGGAGACUCCAGAACAAGAUCUGAGCCACCCAGGACUGAUCAAAGUGCAGCAGAUAUUGGAACGUGUGGAGAAACUGGCACAAGAUGUGAAAAGUUUCGAUGGGAAGAAGAAUGAUAAAAGAUACAUGAUGCUGGAAGAGAUGUUGACCAAAGAACUUCUGGCUCUGGACUCGGUAGACCCUGAAGGUCGCCCAGAUGUGCGUCAGGCUCGGAGGGAUGGCGUCCGCAGAGUUCAAACCAUUCUAGAUGAACUGGAGAUGUUUGGAGAGCUGACGGAAAGGCUGGCUGGUGACACGUACCAUGAGGCGAAAGGAGAGCAGAGUAUGAUUGACCAGGCAAACACAGAGAAGGUUAAGGAGAUUUCAUAAUUGCACAAAGAAGGCACAAAUUUGAGAAGAACACUAAUCAAAUCCACAUUCUUGUGUUUACUUGCGCAAUUAUUAUUAGUUGCAUGCAUGAAUAAUUGAAGUUUUCUGUUGGAAAUGAUCUAACGUGAUUUGUUUACUGAGUGCAAUCAUGUGUGCUGUUAUGUGAUGCUGCUGUUGUGGAAUCUCACCAUGCCAGUGUCUUGUAGCAAAAGACAUAGUGGUGACAAAUUAUAUUCAAAAACACAUGAAAACGAGGCCUUUUACCAGAAGAAAGUAUUUUAACAUUCAAAAAGUAUCUUUUGUACCAUGUUGAAUGAAUGAAUGAUCAAAUGUUUUUGAAUAUUCCUUAAGAAGUUGUUAAUGAAGUAGUGGGAUGUCAUAUUUUAAAAAAUUUCAUGUGUGGGCUACAAAAAAUAUAAAGGCAUUCAUUUUAAUUUUGGCAUAUGGGAAGGUGUGUGUGGGUAUAUACAGUGGUGUGAAAAAGUGUU